AUGACUUCUAAUCCCAUGCACUUGCUCUCACUGGAUUUUUGCCUUUUUCUAUUGGCCUUAUACAGUGGGAUUCAAACCUGCUUUGGGUUUAACAUAGACACACGAUUCCCGGUGGUGAAAGAAGGGCAGACGAGCGACAGCUUCUUUGGGUUUUCCGUCGCUCUGCUCAAACAGACAGAAGGGGCUGAUCGGUACCUGCUUUUAUCUGGAGCCCCGAGGGAGAAAGCAUCUCCAGUGCUCAAGGUUUAUGAAACUGGAGCGGUUUAUUACUGUCCCAUCACCAACGACACCAAAGACUGCACUCGUGUUGACCUGGUUAAGAAUGAUGUUUUGGAGGAAAAGGAAAGUCCCGCUCAGGAAAUGGUGGAGGACAUGUGGCUGGGAGUCACUGUGGCCAGUCAAGGAGGCCCCAAUGGGGGGAGAGUGUUGGCUUGUGGUCACCGUUAUGUGAAGAUCUUGCUGUCCGGCUCGGAGAAGCAGAGGCGCAUGAUUGGGAAGUGCUUUGUGAAAGGGAACAAUCUGAGCUAUGACCCUAAUAAUGAUUGGCAAACACAUCACUAUGUGGUGUGCAACCCUGCCAAUGACAUGAGCAGCGAAUGCAUGUGCACCAUGGGCAUGUCAGGAGGCAUGACGGAGAAGGAAGUGUACACUGGCACGCCCGGGAGCUUCACAUGGCAAGGAAGUGUUGACAUGACCUGGUGGAAUCCUAAGGCAUCCUGGGAUCUGUCUGAAAGAAAGUAUCUGAACACAGACGAUAAUAAUAAUGGUCAGGGGAGACUGAUUUAUUCUGGGAGGUGCAAUCAGUUCAGACCCAGAUAUUCCGUACGAAAGGAAAAUAAUGUGCUUCACGCUGACAAAUACACUGUUCUAGCUGGUGCUCCUCGAGCUUACCACAAGGGGGCAGUCUUUCUGAUGGAUAUCAACACGAACAAUGUCAUUGGGUUCAAUACCAUCCUGUCCGGAGAACAAGUGGGCUCGUAUUUUGGAAACAAUAUUGCGGCUGCAGAUCUCAACAAUGAUGGGCAGUGCCUUCCCUUCCUAAUUCUUCAAAACACUCAGCACUGUUAUGAUCAGGUGACAGUUUCCAGAAACAUUGCCAUCAGCGCUCCCUUUGACGGUUCUGGCAAGGUGUUCCUCUACCAGAGCAGCGAAGAGGGACUUUCCAAAGAAGCCACACAGGUGAUUGACGGCAGUGACGGCAUCAAGACAUUUGGCUACUCCAUCAGCGGGGGCCUAGACGUAGACGAGAAUUCUUACCCGGAUAUACUGGUGGGCAGUUUGGAUGAUAAGGUCCCCCUCCUCAGAGCCCGUCCUGUUAUCCAGCUCUCCAAAACAUUCACUGUGAGCCCAGGAAUAGUGGAUCCUGCCAACUGCCCCGACAACUCCUGCUGCUCUCCUCGUGUGAAGUUUCUCAAAUCCAGCUCUCCAUCUGUCUAUCAGGGCUUCUUCUCCAUGCCGAAGACCAAAUGCCAGGCCAUCAAGCUCAUACUGACAGUAAGCAGUGUUGUCUUCUUUACCUAUCAACAUAACAUUCAAGACAAACUGCACUCAACUGAGUUUGCCCUGCACUAUUCCAUCUAUGAGAAGAAGACGAGAUCACACAGGGACAUUCAGAGCCUGGAUGGCUUUCCAGUGUUAAACGAAGAGCAAAACCACCGAGACACCCAAGAGAUUCACUUCCAGAAAGAAUGUGGGGCCGAUAACAAGUGCCGGAGUAACCUGCAAAUAAUGGCAGCUUUCGUCUCCUUCACCACUGGAGAAGAGCUGCCCAGGGGUGCUUUGUUUGAGUUGAUAUGUACAGCCAGUCCAUACAUCCUGGAGUUCCCAGGAACUCCUAUCACCCAGCAGCCUUUGCAACUUUUUUCCAAUCACCGUGUCUCUCAUGCAGUAUGGUUUAUUGAGCACUUAAGAGAAGAAUUCAAGAGGGAUGAGCUUUUAGAACUUGCAUUAUUUAUAACAAAGUUUCUUAAUAACUUCUCUGAUAUUCUGAAAUUCCUACAUGUACCAAAGAUUUUUCCUCUCUCCUCUCUCUCCUCUCUCUCCUCUCUUUUUAGCCUCCCGAGUAGCAAGGCUGGCAAGCAAAUGCUGCAGUACAGCCCUGAUGUGAAGAAGCUUCUUCUCAUUGUGAACGUGACCAAUGUGCGCACAAAUACUCGUGAAGCUGAGGAUACCCACCAAGCCAUCCUCAACAUCACCCUCCCCUCAACGCUGCAGUAUUCAGGAGUCUGGAAACAGUCCGGCUCAUUUUUGAAGCCUCUGGAAUCACCCUUCUGCACGCAUGAGAUUGAGGUGGAGCUCCAGCUCUUCACGGACAAAGCAAGACAACUGACCUAUUUCAGUGGGUCAGUGAUGGGUGAAUCAGCCAUGAAGACAGCAGAAGAUGUCGGAAGUCCAUUGGAGUACACCUUUCAUGUGAGUUCUCAUUUUGGAUUUCUCUGUGGUCAGUAUGGUACCCUAGCAGUGGUGUUUGAUUGGCCCCAUGAAGUCUCCAGUGGCAAGUGGCUGCUGUACUUGACUGAGAUUGUGACAAAGGGAACAGCAGAGAGCCACUGUGUUCCAAAAGGAGACAUUGUCAACCCUCUCAAUCUUGCAGUGAGUGUAUAGUGGCCAGUCCUGGUGUCUCAUCAUUGAUUGUCUACUGUAUCUACAACUACACUGGUUCUUCCUGUCCAAGAGAGAGCACUAGUGGCACCAAAAGGGCCCCCAGUAAUGCAAACUUUUAAAAAAUAUUUUCUUGGAUAAUGUUUGGUAUAUAGAACAAUUUUUCAAAAAGGCUUAACUUUGCUCACACAAGCCUAUUGUAUUCUUCCAGGUUGACGUAAUGUGUUUUUGUAUUUCACCAUGUAUGCUGACACCUAGUGGAAUGUGAUGGUAAUGUUAAAUAUGCUGUGUGUUCUUCAAAUUAUUUUUGAAGAUGUAGGUAGCACAUUUUGGAAUGAGAUUGUGCCCAGCAUUAGAGUUCGAGACAAUUCUUGAGUCUGAAUUCUCUGAUGGGUGUAACGCAGGCCUGCAGUACUCUUAGUGGGUUAGAACAGUAAUUCGGUAAAUUGAAGAUUUUGUUUUUAACAUUGCCAUAUUUUACAUGACAGUGAGCGUGUGUCAGCCAGGUGAAUUCUUGGGUAUAAUUUGAAGCAUAUCAUGUGGGGGUACAGUAGUGCAGUCACAUGCCUGGUUCUCAGUACGGGUACAGUGUAGAGCUACAGUGGUACGGUGCCUGCCCUGAUUCCUACCCCAGCUAAAAAGGACUGGGUAACGAACUGGACUGAAACGCACCGUUAUUCCAGCUGACCCGAAUAUUGAUCCAAAUAUUUGAUAAAAGCGACUGCUGUCUACUAAAAGUUUCCUGUAUUAAUUACUUAUACCCUCUGUGUUUUCUUUU